AUGGAAAUGGACAACACACGGUCAACCUCACCUAAAAGACGGCGCGAAGACGAAGAGGGCUACGAUGACGAACGACCGCGCAAACGCUCCGCCUCGCAUGAACCGCCCAAUGCCUCUCCCAGCUACAGGAUAGCGGAAAGACCCGCGCGCCGAUACAGCAGGGGCGACAGCGACGACGAACAACGCGAAUACCGAGACCGACGCCCCUCCUACUCGCGCUCGCAAUCACGGUCACGCCGCUCCAGCAGCACCUCCUCAUCCUCGCACCAGCGCCGCACAUCAUCCUCAAAGCCCACCACUCUGAACUAUGCGCCCACGCUCAUCCUACGCGGCCACAAGAAAGCCAUAUCCUGCGUCAAAUUCUCGCCCGACGGCCGCUACAUCGCCAGCGCCUCGGCCGACUGCACAAUCAAGAUCUGGGACGCACACACCGGCGCCCUCGAACACACGCUCGAAGGCCACCUCGCAGGUAUAAGCACGAUAUGCUGGUCCCUCGACUCCAAGAUUCUCGCCUCUGGGUCCGACGACAAGAGUAUAAGGCUCUGGGACACAACCACUGGGCUCGCCCACCCCACGCCUUUCAUCGGCCACCACAACUACGUCUACAGCAUAGCCUUCAGCCCCAAAGGCAACAUGCUCGUCUCAGGCUCCUACGACGAAGCAGUCUACCUAUGGGACGUCCGCGCCGCCCGCGUCAUGCGUUCCUUACCCGCACACUCUGACCCCGUUGGCGGCGUUGACUUUGUCCGCGACGGUACGCUCAUAGUCUCGUGUUCUCACGACGGCCUGAUUCGCGUCUGGGACACGGCAACAGGCCAGUGCCUCCGCACCCUCGUCCACGAAGACAACGCCCCCGUCUCCUCCGUCAUUUUCUCGCCAAACGGCAAAUACAUCCUCGCGUGGACCCUGGAUUCAUGCAUCCGCCUGUGGAACUACAUUGAAGGAAAAGGGAAAUGCGUGAAAACGUAUCAGGGACACGUGAAUAAACAGUACUCGCUUUCCGGUGCGUUUGGCACGUACACAGGGAAGGAAGAGGGUGUCGAAUAUGCGUUCGUUGCGUCUGGCGACGAAGAAGGGCAGGUGGUGUUGUGGGAUGUUAGUAGUAAGAAUGUGUUGCAGAGGUUAGAGGGACAUGGCGAUGCGGUGUUGAGUGUACAUACGCAUCCGACGGAAAAGCUGAUUGUGAGUGCGGGGUUGGAUCGCACAAUCAGGCUGUGGAGACCGAAGGAGGGGGUUGCGGGAAAUGCGAAUGGAGAGAUGGUGAAUGGGGAAAAGGUGGAUGGGCAUAGUGAAGGUGUAAAUGGCGUGGGCGGAGAGGGGAUUCAACAGGAAACAAAUGGGUUUGAUCCUGAUGUCCUGCCGCCGAACCCUUUUGCUGAGGGCUGA